AUGUUUCUUGGUCGAGAAACAGUGUGUCAUUUAUCUAUUUGUCGUGUGUUCUUGACAUCCCUGCAGAUAACUCAGAGCAAACCAAAAUUCAAUGUGGCUGCUCUUUUACAAGAAGUGGAUGGUGAGCAAGAUGGAAGGGCGACUGUAGAGGAAAACUGCCCGAAAUGCAACAAUCACGAGGCAAAAUAUUCAACGCUUCAGAUGCGUAGUGCGGAUGAAGGUCAAACUAUUUUCUACGAAUGCACAAAAUGUGGACAUGUGUGGUCAGUGAAUGCGUAG